AUGGUGGCGUCAGAAUCCGGCGAGUACGAGUACGAGCCGUGGGCCGAGGAGCGCCGCGAGCGAAUCCGACGGCGAGAGGCCAUCCUCAAUGCCGUUCCGAUCACCCCCUCCUCCGCAUCCGCCGCUAAAUCAUCUCCACGCGCAUUGGCCGCCGCAAGAGCCGGCGCUGGCGGACUGACGGGCGCGAGCGGCGCGGCGGAGGAGCUUAGCUCGCCGUCGAAGACGAAGGAGGGGAAGGAGGGGAAGAGCGCGGAGAGGCGAGACACGUGGGGGGACGAGAGCGGGGUUGCGCGGACGAUUGCUCGGCCAAUGACGUUCUUGCGUAGCGUGGCGCGGUUCUACUGCACCAUCUUCCUCCUCUUCCUCCUCCUCACAGCCUGCCAGGUGCGCCUCUCACUGCCUGCCAGGUGCGUCUCUCACCGCCUAUCAGGUGUAUUUCAUCCGCCAUCCGUGUGUGCCCCCAACCCCACUCACCGCGCCCGUGUGGUGUAUUUCAUGUGGACGGAGGAGCUGGGGGCGCUGGAGGUGUCGUCUAUAGGCCUCUCGUCGCUGCUCAACGCGAGCAAGCCAGCGAAGCUCACGCGCCGCGUUGUUCUCUCCACCAUGGCGAGGGACAUCAUGGACCUGCAAGCUGCAAGAACAGCAGGCACCACUAGCAUGGCACAGCUGCAGCAGCAGCAGGCAGCAUUGGCCAAUCAAACAACCCAGUCGCUGCAGGCCUUGGAAGCGCGGGUGACAGGUGGCAGCAGGAGAUUGGUGGACUUCACGCGGGCCAUGGGGGAGAAGCAGGCGGGGGAGGUGCAGGGCGUGCGGGGGCGUGUGGAGGAGAUGGGGCGCGCGCUGGCCAAGCAGGGCGAGAUGCUGGCUGAGCAAAUGGCUGCUGUCACCGCUCUCAAGGCGGAUCUGGAGAUGCGCAAGGCGGCAGCCACCCCUCCCACCAACUACUCGCUCUACUACAUAACAGACGACCACCCUGACCUCUGGCGCCAACGCUCCUUCCGCCGAUAUGCCUCCUACGGCUUUGUCAAGUACAGCGCCUACCGCGUGUCCCCAUCACGCAUAGCCAUCCUGGGUCUGUCAGCGCUGGCGCUGCACGGAUCACACCGGCUGUCGCUGUGCGAGUGGCAUGGCGUGGAUGGGUCUGUCAUCCCCGGUGCCCUAGAGAUGAUCUACGUGGGCGAGCACCAUAACUUCCUGUACGAGGCAGUGGUGGUCAACUGUCUGUUGGAAUCACCUGUGCAAUCACCUGGGGGCUACCUGAAGGCGCGCAUCAACUCGGAGAUCCUCUACCCCUUCCGGGAAUCCAAGUCCGAGCCCAUCACGCCCCCCACAGCCCCCUUCAAGCACCGCUUGCUCUUCUGUGGGCCGCCCAUGUACGGCACCAUGGAGCCACGCGUGCUGCUGGAGUGGCUGGACUACCACCGAGUGUACGCCGCUGCCGACCACUUCAUUCUCUACGAUGCGGGGGCCGUGGGCGUGGCGGUGCGGCGUGCGCUGCAGGGGUACCUGGCGGGGGGCGUGGUGGAGAUCACAGAUUUCCGGGAGUCGCAGCAGUGGGACACGUGGCUGUAUGGGCAGUCACUGGCAAUUCAGGACUGCAUGUACCGAUCGCGCCGAACAGCCCAGUGGGUGUUCAUGCAGGACUUCGACGAGUUCCUGGAGCUGCUCCCGCCCCUCACUAUGCCUUCUCUCCUAGACAAGUACCGCGACCGCCCCUGGAUCACCUACGGCUGCAGCGUUUUCAACAUGUCCUUUUGUGUUGAUACCCCCCGCGACUCCUCCACCUCGAAUCUCCGCCGAACCGGGGACCUUCGCGGCGCCGCCACUGGUGGUGGCGGGCGGAGGGUGCAUAUGGAGGGGCUGCUUAUAGAGAGGAUGCAUUUCCGGUGGCCGCACGUGUACUGUAUGGACACGCAGAAAUACCGCCCCGAGCACUGUCUAGACCAGGAGGGGCACCGGAAAUACAUCCUCAACCCGCGCAAAGUGCAGGCCGCACAAAUCCACAUAGUGGUCAAAACAGAGGACGCCGGCGGGGGCACGGGGGCCGGCGGAGGGGAGGGUUCGGGGGAGGGAUCGGGGGAGGGAGUGGGGGAGGGAGUGGAUAUGGAUACAGAUGAUAUGCGGCUGGCGCAUUACAGGGGCCUGGCCACUAAGGGGUCGAGGAUGUGUGAGCUUGGGGAGCCCAAGGACUGGUGGAUGCGGUACGAUCGGGUUGGGAGGAUUGCUGCUGCCGUGUGGAACUGCCCCCUCGUCGCCAGUAACCGACAGGCAUGCACACCGAGCGGCAUCGCCACAACGCUUGCAGCUACAGCCAACUCCCCCCCUUCCGCCCGCACGCAGUGA